AGACAGACAGCAGCUCAACUUCCCGCAGUCCCUCAUUCUAAACCCGGGCAACCUUGUAACAUCACAUUGUCCUUUUCUACUUUUACCCUCUUUUACUUUAUUCUACCAGACCUUCCCUGCAACUUUACGCCAACAUCACCAUGACUCGUGCCCAGCAGACUCUCUCCGUUCUCCUACUUGUCUCCUCGCUCUACUUAGUCCUCUACCUUGGCCUCGUCCCUCUCAACGAAACAGUCCAGACUGAAGUCAUCCCUGUUCUCCCAUUCUACGCACUAAUAUGUUUUGGCUGUUAUCUUCUCGGCCGGCUGGGUCUGGCCAUCCUGACAUUCAAUGACGUGCCCGAGGCGCAUGACGAGCUACAGAAGGAGAUCGAACAGGCCAAGGCCGAACUGCGCAGAGCGAAUGUCGACGUCGAUUAAAUAACAGCGAACCCCCUUCACUUCCCAAUACCAUAUCAGUUUUUUCUUGUUGAUUCGGCUGGUUUGUGCAAUAUGGUGGUCUGGUUUUCCUGGAUGGGGGCGGGUUAUUACUACUAGCUCCUUGCAAUGUUAGGUUUUCCUGGGGCAAAAAGGGCCCUUGGAGCCUUGUUUAUUUUCUGAUCUGUAUGUGGAAGUGUGUUUUACCCCAUUGAACUACUGAAGUAAACUGUUAUCUUAGUCUGAGUAAUUGGGUUUCCAGCGGUCGAGUUCGGUUUGGUAUGUUU